GUGGGUGGCUGGCCGCUGGCGAGAGCCUCGUGAUGGAUGUGAAUUUAUGAAGUCAGUCACUCAGGCACCCUUGAAUGACUGCCGGAAAUGACGACCCAUAAUGGCGUCUAACUUCAUUCAUUCAGAGGUCGGCGGAAGUUGUCAGCAGCGGCAGUAGUAGUAGGAUUAGUGAUGGUAGCAGCUGUCAUGCCAAGCAGUGCAGCCAACAGCUGUCCCACAUCCCCGCGGGGGGGCCACGGUGGGCUGGCAGGAAUAAAAAGAGGAGUCAAUGCAGAGAACCUGGUCCAGGCUGCAUAUGCUGCCAUGGAAGAUAAAGGUGACAUUGCUAAUACAGUUUUGUCAUCCACAGUUACAGUAUCGACAACACAUGAAGAAAAUCAAGUGAAUUUGGCAGCAUCUAACCAGCAGUACCACCACAAUGGCCUCCCGCAAUCCAUGGCAGAUGAUGGGUACUUCACCUCACCACACCCGCCUGACCAACCACACAGUCCGCCUGGUGCAGGUGCCAAGGAUGAUUCAAAGCCGCCAUAUUCUUAUGCCCAGCUGAUUGUUCAGGCCAUUUCCUCAGCCCAAGACAAACAGCUCACAUUGAGUGGUAUUUACUCCUACAUUACAAAGCACUAUCCAUAUUAUCGGACAGCUGAUAAGGGAUGGCAGAACUCUAUCCGGCAUAACCUGUCAUUAAAUCGAUACUUCGUCAAAGUCCCACGGUCUCAAGAAGAGCCAGGGAAGGGCAGCUUCUGGAAAAUUGACCCAGCGUCUGAGAGUAAAUUAGUAGACCAGGCGUUUAAACGGCGGCGACAGCGAGGCGUUCCUAUUUUUAAGACUCCCUUUACUCACCUCUCUAAUAGAUCUGCGCCAGCCUCUCCCUCACACAUUGGCAUCAGUGGGCUGGUAACUCCUGAGUCAUUGUCACGGGAAGGGUCACCUGUGCCUGAAUAUGUGGACUCGGCCACAGCAUCCCCCCUUAACCCCCUAAAUACUGCUGCGCAGUAUGAUGUUAACACAACCAGUGCACCACCUUCACCGCCACCUCACCAACAUCAGCAAGGUGCCACGUUAAUAGGUACAAGUGGGGUCAGUGUUCAGAAUUCCCAGCAGCUCAUGUCUGCCUUACAAGGCAAGUACCUGAUAGCCACAGCUGGGGGGCCUAGUGGGACAGGAUCUGCCAAGUCGGGAGAGCUUAAACAAAUUCAACUAACGAGUGGUAUGGGAGGAGAGUCAACUUCUUUCACCCAGGGGCAGGUCAUAGUCCAGACAUCAGCAGACCCCAACUCCUUCACUCACACUCAGGUUAUCUUGCCCACACCUCACCAAAUAUGGUGGUGGAUAUGUGACGGUGAAUGGUGAGGUUAAACGUGUGAGUACAGCAACUACGGCUGGACAAACAAUAACUGGUCCUGGUGGCAGCAGUAAUAUGAGAAACAGUAGUACUAGCACUGGAACAGCUGUGAUGGUAGGCACUAUGACUGCUGCUCCUCAUACUACUGAGUAUAUAGAGGAAGUUGUGGAGGCAGAAGGUGUUGUAAUGGCUGCCCCACAGCAUGAACCCCUAAUAAAACGACCUAGGAUGGAAGGGGAUGGACCCCCAUAUGAAGAUGAGUAACUUAGGCCCCCAAAUCCAUGACAGUCACAUGUUUUUAAGCCAGCUAGGCAGUGGUCGUCAAGCAACACAAGUCACAGUUCUCAAGCCAACUAAAAUAGUGAUCCAAUUACCAAGUCAAACAGGUGGUUCUCAGGUUGGUGAAAUCCAUAUGAUAGUUUAUUUGAAGCUGUGAGUUACCCAAAGUUAUGUUAUAAAGAAGAUAACUACUUGCAUCCCUGAUAUGUAGAGACUUGAUAGUCUGUUACUGGGAGAACAGUGAGGUUUAAGAUGUUCCUUCAGGGAUUAUAAAAAGAUGGUUUGUUUUAAAGAUUUUGAACAAUCUACACAUCUGGUAAAGGUGCAAGACUGAAAGACUUGUGCAGUGGAUACUACUGUAGUGCCUGUCAUUUGCCAUAAUUUGACAACUCUUGGCAGGGAGGCGAUGUACUCCAUUAGUGGACAUCAAUUUGACAAGUUGUCUUAUCACAGCAGUGUGAGGGAGAAUACAGAGUUCCAAGGAUCAGCUGUGCCUAGGUGUAAGUGCGUCACACCAUUGAGACUAUUGUCAUGUACCUGAAGAGAUUAUGGGAGGUUGCUUCAGAGGCAACUUGUGCAAAUUAGUAAAUGUUUGAAUGACAUUUUAUUGCCCAUUAGUUACUCUGAAGAAGUUAAUGACUGUGUUUAAAGAAUGUUUUGCUUAAAGUGCUUUUUUUAAGUUCUGAUGAAAGGGACAUCCAUUUUUGAGAAUGAUGACAUUGCUUGCAUGUUCACAUUAUUACUUGGCUUUUCCUCAUGUCUACAACAGAUUACUUUUUGAUUGACUUGGUUGACAUGUGUUUACUGUGUAAAUUGAUAUUUGUGAAUGAUAUAAAAUAAGGCAUAGCCAUAUUAAAUGUCAAUACGUAUUUAGUUACUUUUCAGAAUGAGUUUGGCCACAUGGCCUCACUACCAAGUGUGUCACAGUGGAAUGAAUGAAUAAAAAGUUUUUUUUUCUAUCUAGUGCAGUACAAGUUUUUAGGUGAUAUAUAUAUAUAUUAUUUUUUUUUUAAUUAAGUUUGAUGAAAUGACAUUAAAUGUUUUUUUGGGGGAAGCAUUCAUAAUGGGCCAAUGGAGAAUUAAUUGUUCAAAAAUUAAGUUGAAGAGUAAACCUUUUAUUUCAAUUUUUAUUUUUCUUGUGUACAGUACUGUACAUUGGUGAAAUGUGUGGGAGUAGUGAAACCCUGCCAUAUGUGUACAGUAUCGAGUGUUUGAUCUGCUUGUGUUAGCAGAGAUUAUGUUUCCCUAAGAACUUUGUAAUAAAGAUGAGUAGCAUAGUAUAAGUCUGAACUCCCUUAUUUUUCUUUAAUGUCUGAGAGGCUAUAUAUGGUGUGUAAAUGAUUAUAAUGCUAUAUCUGUAUGGAGAGGGACAGUGUCAUAUUAAGAGAAAUGUUAGAAGGAACACUUCCUUUUCUUUCUUGUACAUAAACAGAACAAAUGUAGAAAUCUAGAUUUUUCAGAAUUAACAUGUCGCAUCAAAAUGUUAGCUCCUAUUUGUGGGGAAUAUUUAUAUUUUAAUUGUCAUCUCCAAAUGUUAGAAUGAUUCCACCCUCUGUUGUGGCAGAGAAGGGUCUUACUUAAGUUGUUGAAAUUAUCAGAGUCCUCUAUGGUGGCAUUCACAUAAGGCAAGUGAUAAUGCCAUAGUCAGAAAAAUGACGGUGUAAAUAUAAUUACUGGUUAGUUAUUUUUUCAGCUGUGGCAGGUGGCAAUAGUUAGUUUGAAUAUCCUAGAAUCAUCAAAUGUGGCAAUCGAGUAAUACCUCAACAGUAUUUAUGUAUUUUUGAUUCAUAGGAAAUUUUGCAGCAUUUUUUCCCAUAUUACUAAAAAUAUUUGAUAAAUGGAACAUUUACCCAUGCCUUAUAAUUAACAUUUGAAAAGAGACAAAAGUUUGUAACAGUUAAAGAAAAAAUAAUUGUGUAUUACAAUGUAUGUUACAUUUAUCGACAAAAAUAGAAAAGGAAUUUACUUUUAAUAUACUCAAGGGAUGAAUAUUGUGAUGUAUAGAAUUAAUAAAGAUGCUCGAAAAAUUGGCUCAAGAAGAUUGCAGCUUAUGGUGUGUCUAGGUGUCAUUUGGUUAUUACAUCUUUUGCCACAGAAAUUUGUCCUUAUAUUGUCAUUUUACUUCCUGUGCAAAUGGAGCCUAUAGGUUAAAUACUUAGUAAUGAAGGUUCUGUAGCAUCUUAUAAAAAAAUUAUUUACUAUAGGCGAGGUAAUUUGUUCCAAUUUGAGCAAGUGUUAGCUACACAACAAUUUCAAUAGAAACUUAUUGAUAACACAAUCUUGUUCCAUUAUUGCACUUUCCAUUUGAUUUUUUUUUCCCAGAAAUUGGUUACCAAAGAAUUCUAUUAUACAUGUGUAAAAAAAUGUGAUGGCUCCAUGAAAUGUUAACUUUUAUUAUCAAAAAGAACUGAUCCUCUCUAGAAACACUCCAGUUUUUCUUGUUUUCUUUUGUCCUGUGAUAGGAACUAGUUAUAGCCUGUACCAUUCUUUGUGUCCUGUGACAAAAUAAUUGUGAAACACACUUUUUUUUUUUAUCCGUUCCAAGUUAGUUUCAAUUUCUUACCCAUUAGACCUAUGAUAUCCAUAUUUGCUUCAUGCUUUUGGUAUAUCACUUACCAAAUGUAGCCAAGUAUUGCAAUUCCUGAUUGCUAGCCAGUUUUGUCUUGCUUAUAAAUGAAUGAUAAGAUGGUCUUGUUAUAGUUUUUGUUUAUAAAGAGACAAAUUCAAAAGCAAUGACAACAUAAAUGUUUCAAGAAAAUAUGGUGUGUUUGGUUAUGUGUGCUUUUACUUUCUUCAGUAUGCUGUGAAGCUGUUCAUAGACAAGGCAAUAACAUUACAAUGCUGCUGGAGUGAGUGGACAUGCAAACCCAGCUUUAUACACUGAUUAUGUUGUAGGAAAAUAGUCCUGUCGUCUGGCCAGUAGUACCCAGUUGUGCCUGGUCCUAGCAGAUGAGAAUUAUCUUUCAAACGAAGAGAUGUCAUGAAACUUUGUGAUGCUUCAACCUGCUGGUAGUUGGUUCAAAUAUCUGAUAAGAUGGUUUUUGUACUUGUUAGUAGUGUUUACACCAGGCAGGCAGGUGGGCUAGAUACCAGGCUGUGGUGCCAAGCUUACUCUUGGGAAAAUGGACUUACACAGUUGUAGUGUUAUUCUAUGAUAGUGGAUUGGUUUAUCCAAAAGAUUAUUAUAGUUACAUUAAAAGAUCAUUGGAGGUACUUUGAGAAAUACUCGAGCUCUUUGAUGAAUUUUCAGAGGUACAAAGUCCUUUGUAUUCUGUUUGUUGUAAGUUGAUUAAGUGUAGAAUUUAAUCUCACUGAGGCACUUGCACAGCAUUUUAAGAAUAUUUUCAGUAAAUUUGCAUGUUGAAUGUUCAUCAGGCAACUUGAGUAUUUUCUGAGAAGCUGCCUAAAAUUAGUGGAAAGCUAGUCAUCCAGGAUGACUUGGAUGAAAAGUCUCAAGAUUCCUCAUUAUUGAUGGCUUCCCAGACCCUUAACACUCCUGACAUUCAGGAGGAAUUGUCCUUCCCUUUUCAACCCCCCCACCCCGUUUACUUCAGCCACCAACCCACAAACUCUACCCUGCCUUGAUAUCAUAGUGAUUCGUAUGUACAACUAAUAGAAGCAGAGUGAAAAUAAACCUAUUAACUCAG